GCGGGCGGGCGGGCGGUCACGCGCGGCGCAGGCGCGCUGCGCGCUGUUGUUGUGGCGGCGCGGCCCGCGGCUCUCCGGCCGGCAGCGAUGAGCGACAACGACGACAUCGAGGUGGAGAGCGACGAGGAGCAGCCCCGCUUCCAGUCAGCGGCAGACAAACGAGCCCACCACAACGCGCUGGAGCGCAAGCGGCGGGACCACAUCAAGGACAGCUUCCACAGCCUGCGGGACUCCGUGCCCUCCCUGCAGGGAGAGAAGGCAUCCCGGGCCCAAAUCCUGGACAAAGCCACAGAGUACAUCCAGUACAUGCGCCGGAAAAACCACACGCACCAGCAGGACAUCGACGACCUCAAGCGGCAAAACGCGCUGCUGGAGCAGCAAGUGCGCGCCCUGGAGAAAGCCCGGUCGAGCGCCCAGCUGCAGGCCAACUACCCCUCGUCGGACAACAGCCUCUACACCAACCCCAAGGGCAGCGCCAUCUCCGCCUUCGACGGUGGCUCCGACUCCAGCUCCGAUUCGGAGCCCGAGGAGCCGCAGAGCAGGAAGAAGCUGCGCAUGGAGGCCAGCUAGGCUGCCCCCCCCCGCCGCCACUGCCACCCCCGCGCCGGGGCCUGCGCCCGCCCGCCGGCCCCGUAAGGACUCGUCCUUCUCUCCUCGGGGCUCUCGGACUGCGGCCUCGCAGCCCCCCCGCGCCCCGACGGACUUGGGGGGGCCUGGGGACCGCACGGAGAUGCCCCCACCGCCCCCCCGCCGCUAGCGAGCCCCUCUCCGCGCCCCCCCCCUCUUCGAUUUUAUAUGAGCAUUUCUAUUUAUACCCAGGGACCACUGCAGCCCAGAGCUGAGCACGAGGCUGUGCAGGAGACGGGCGGCCCCCGUCCCCCACCCGCCUGCGGGGGCCCCUGCCCUCCGGCCAGCGCCGGGGGGGGGUCUCGCUAUUUAUUUUCUGCGUGUGCAAUUCCACCUGGCCCCCCGCCGCGCCGCGGGGACGGCGCCCCCCGCCCUCCACGGCACAGAGCUGCAGGGCUCGGGCUGGGUGGUCUGCGUGUGCGUCCUUCCCCGUCCCCCACCUCCCCCCUCCCCCCCCCACACACAUCCCCGAGCCCCCCCUCCCACCUCUGUGUCAUUUUCUGAACUGUCCCCGUAGGUGACCCCGUCCCCCUUUUAACGCCGUUCAUUCCAUGGAUCUAAAGUAUGUUGUACAUACUGCCCAGAGUUGUCUUGCAAGUUAAGGCUUCCCUUUACUAUAAGACUAUAAAUAAUAAAAACAAAAAAACUUAUUUUA